AUGGCAUUGAACAUGGACCGUCAGGGGAGAAACGGGGGUGGAUUUGGGUCCACUGGCUCAACUUCCGCAACAUCUUCCAUCAAGCGAAUUCAGCGUGAGCUGAAGGAGAUCAGUGAGUCCCCUUCGCGGCACUGGAUCGCUGGGCCAGCGAAAGAUGACCUGUUCGAGUGGCUGUUUGCUGUUCGCGGGCCGCCCUCAACCGACUUCGAAGGAGGCAUCUACACCGGCAAGAUCGUGUUGCCAGUGAACUACCCUCUCGCACCUCCAUCCAUUACCAUGCUUACACCAAGUGGCCGAUGGGAGGUAGGGAAGAAGAUCUGCCUGAGCAACACCAAUUAUCACGCAGAGCUCUGGCAGCCCGCUUGGGGGAUCCGGACCAUCAUGGAGGCCCUGCGCAGCCACUUCCCGGUGGCUGGAGACGGGGCGGUCGGCGCCCUUGACUGGCCAAGCCACCUUCGCCAGCGUCUGGCGAAGGAAUCCUUGGACUUUAUCACCUUGCCUGGGUCAGCUGGCCAGUGGGCGCAGAAGAAUCGGGAGCUCCUACCGGAGCUCUCGCCUGAGGAGCUGAAGGAGGCCCCCGCAAGCGGGAAUCUACCGCUGUAUGGCUCAAGCUAUGAAAGUCAAAAAUGCUUGCGAGAAAGCAGACGUUGUUUGAGUGUGGUCCCGGAGCCGUACAUGCGAAAUUUGUGCUUAUGCAUGCUUGCGCAGCUCGUGGUAGGAUCCAAUCAAACUUUCCCACAGUCGGACUCGCAGGUGCGGAGCGGACGCGUGGACUGCGCAAGAGAAUGCCGCAAAGAGAACGAGGACCAGCCAUGUCUUUGGGAUGACCAGUGUCCCGGGCUAGGCUGCAGCGCUCUUGGAUUCGCGAAUUGUCGAUACUGUGGGUUCGGAGAAUAUGCGCCUUGCCCUCUUCACCAUGGUGCCAGCCGGCCACGACCACCACCCAUUUCUUCCUGCAGUCCGCUGGGUACUUAUACCUGUAGCAGAACGUGCUUCAACGUGGAUGCAGGAGCGGAAACCAAUGUCAUCACAAUGCAACAUGGAACACCCUACUUUGAGAAUCGUAUCAGAGCUGGAAACGGCUUCGAGGAAACGCAACAAUGCUCCCAAGUCCAGGGCAUUGGCGGCACGAACAUGUACUCCUGUGUGACCAACUGGCGGCGCGAGCACACCUUGAAGAUCGCUCGCUUCUUGCAACAGAUCACCUUCAACGCCGACUGUACAUUCUUUGUGAAAAAAGUAUGGCGAAUGUCGCCGCAGCCUGUCUCCACAUGCACUGUAAGGACCGAGACCAAUACUUUGACCUUUCCUUGGCUUAGAGCCGGUGCCCAGUGGGAGCUUCCAGAAAGGCCCUCGGAGGUCGAACGCAUCGACACCGCGGAUCCGGCACCACAGACGGAGACCAGCACGACCACAAGCAACACGCAGGCACCGCUCAGCGGCUCAUCACCAGAGGCUCCAGGUGCUGUGCCAUCUCCGCCUCCAGCGCCAGCUGCAGGAGCACCGAAGGCAGCACCUCGCAGACGUCGUGAAGGAGAAAGGCCACGACGGAGCCAGCAGAGCCUCGUCGUCCAGCUGCUGAAGCCUCCUACGACAGGGCGUGGCUGGCUUCUAAUGUCCCUGAAUUUUCUCAUCGUCCUCAUGCUUGUUUCCUUCUGCAUCGUCUUGGCCGAUGUGAUCAGGCAACCUCCGAGUCUCCUCAAUCCAGCACCGGACCAGAAGGACUACAUGAUAGUUCAGGUUCACGACAGGUCCAAAACCAGAAGCCCUGAGUGCAGCAGUGUGGCUGAUGGCGAUGGCCAGUUCGACGAGUCCUGUUUGAUUACCUACAGCGUUCUUUCUGCAUGUUCUGUCAACUCUCUGAUGAACAGCAUUUCGUGGCUCAAG